AGAAGAGGGCCAAGCAGGGCGAAGGCUGCCACGCAUUUCCUCGCUGAGAAAGGGGGAAGUGGCAAGGGCUCCACGGAAGCCCUGCGUGAUUAGGCCAUGGAUAUGACCGACAGUUUACGUCGCACCCGGAGUGUCACUUCGCCGUAUUAGGGAAGUGUGUUUAUUUACAUGUUUGUAUACACACAUUAUACAUUAUAUUCGUGGCAAAUUGGCGCGUUAUUGUAGGCUGUUCUUUUGUAUUCGCGUCCCAAAAUUACGCAAAGCGCUUUGGCAAGAGCAGUGAGGCCAUGUCUGCUGUGAACUACAUUUUGACGCGCGCGCUCGACAGCAGGGGAGGGGCACGCAGGCAUCUUUCCAAAACAAAGAUUUGACGUGGUUUGUAUCGGUCUGGUGAAAGCGUGCUCUUUUGCCUGAGUGGGACCCGGCUUGUACCGUCCAAAAUCGCAGAUACGCGUACAAUGCCCAGGAAUGGAAACAUCCUCGUCGUUGAGAGUGUCCUGUCGCCAGGAAAUUCGACCGUCUUGGGAAAAACGGCCGAAGUUGAAGACCUUGUGUCCGCCAUCAAAGAGAACCUGAAGCUCAAGUCGCAACAGCAGCCUUGCCACGUUUGCGGCCAGCAGCGGCAUCCGAGGUACUCUCCCUACCUGAUACCAAAACGAACUGAGGCCGGUGGUGUUGUGUCUGCGGUGCCCAAAGACGUUGUGCGGCGAACGUGCGCGAACCACCACCAGGACGCCGACAAGGAUCCUUACGAAAUGUUGCAGGAUCUCCUGCGGCAAGGCACACUCAUCCAAGAAGCCGUCCGGAGACUCCAGGAGAACGUGGUUGGCAAGACAAAAGCGCCUCAUUCGUUAGACAGUUCGUCCAGGGACUCUUUUUCGUUCUAGGCCCACUGAAAUCCCAUCUCAUCAAGGACUUCUAGCAAUUGUGCACCCCUAUGUGAUCCUCGAGCAGUUGGCUUACCUUAUUCAAAGCGUACGAUAGCGCAUUUUUGGCUUAAGUGCGUUUGUUUGGCCUCCCAUGUGUUUGAAACGAAAAACGGGGCGCAUCGCUUCAUAAAUAAAUUGAAUGUGUGUGUUUGUUUA